ACCCAUAUGGCCUUUAUUAUUUAAUGAGAAACACUUUUAAUAGAAAACAAAAGAUCCUAAAAAAAUCAUUUUACAUACUUACACAAAUUACUUGGAAAAAAACACCUCUCUCCCUAAAAUCUUAGUUUACACCAAAUAAUGGAUGAGCUAUACAAAUGUGAAGCCAAUUAUGUGCCUUUAAGCCCUAUAACAUUCUUGAAAAGAGCCGCUACUUCCUAUGCUAAUCGAACCUCUUUGAUCUACGAUAACACUCGCUUUACUUGGCUACAAACUUACCAACGUUGUCGCCGCCUUGCUUCCUCACUCCGAUCCCUUAACAUUGUCAAGAACAAUGUUGUUUCGGUAUUGGCUCCCAACAUUCCCGCCAUGUACGAGAUGCAUUUCGCAGUCGCCAUGGCGGGAGGUGUUCUCAACACUAUAAACACCCGUCUGGACACUAAGAACAUAGCCGCGAUCCUCAAGCAUUCUGAGUCUAAGAUGUUCUUUGUUGAUUACCAGUUUGUCCAAACAGGACACGAGGCUCUCCAGAUUCUAGCUGGAGAGUCUCGUGAUGAUAAGGCUAAAAUGCCUUUGGUAAUUGUGAUUGAUGAUAUUGAUGUGCCUAAUGAAACUCGACUUGGCGAGUUAGAGUACGAGGAGUUAAUCCGAAGAGGAGAUCCUAAGUUCGAAUCCAUCGAGUUGGAUGAUGAGUGGGAUGCAAUUGCACUUAAUUACACUUCCGGAACUACUUCUUCUCCCAAAGGAGUAGUUUAUAGCCAUAGAGGUGCAUAUUUAAGCACUCUUAGCUUGUUACUCGGUUGGGAAAUGAGGACUCAUCCUAUCUACCUGUGGACCCUACCAAUGUUCCACUGCAACGGUUGGACUUUCACAUGGGGAGUGGCGGCGCGUGGAGGAACAAAUGUCUGUCUCCGCCACACAACCGCCGACAAAAUCUACCAAAACAUCUCUCUCCACAAAGUCACCCACAUGUGUUGCGCACCAAUUAUCUUCAACAUUCUUCUCGAGGCGGCCAUCCCCGAAAACCACCGGAAAAUGCCUUAUCCGGUGGAGAUUCUCACCGGCGGCGCUCCACCUCCGGCGACAUUACUAGAAAAAAUGGAAUCACUUGGUUUCCACGUGACCCAUGCUUACGGCUUGACCGAAGCAACUGGGCCGGCUUUAGUAUGCGAAUGGCAGGCCCAAUGGAACAAACUCUCGAAAGAGAAGCAGGCCCAAAUUAAGGCCCGUCAAGGAAUUAGAAUUCUAAGCCUUGCUGACGUGGACGUAAAGAAUUUGAGAACAAUGGAAAGCAUGCCACGUGACGGAAAAUCAUUGGGUGAGAUCGUUAUAAGAGGAAGCAGCUUAAUGAAAGGGUAUUUCAAGGACCCAAAAACGACGUCGUUGGCUUUCAAAAACGGUUGGUUUUUGACCGGUGACGUCGGAGUAGUCCAUUCCGAUGGGUAUAUCGAAAUAAAAGACCGAUCAAAAGACGUGAUAAUAUCGGGAGGCGAGAAUAUCAGCAGCAUUGAAAUUGAGAGCGUGCUCUACACGCACCCUAUGAUUUCGGAGGCAGCGGUGGUGGCGAUGCCCCACCCACGGUGGGGAGAGAGCCCCUGCGCUUUUGUCGCCGGCGCCGGAGAUUUGACAGAGGCAGAGAUCUUGAGGUAUUGCCGGAAUAAUAUGGCGCAUUAUAUGGUUCCGAAAAAGGUGGUGUUUGUUAAGGAGUUGCCCAAAACUUCAACUGGAAAGAUUCAGAAAUUCGAGCUUAGAGCUAUGGCGAAAAGCUUUACUGUUACGGAGAAAGAGAAAGAGACGAGUUCUAACUAUGACAUGGCCUUGUCUCGUCUAUAAAAUAUUAUUAUUAUUAUUAUUAUUAUUAUUAUUAUUAUUAUUAUUAUGCAUGAAAAGAAAUCCAUGCAUGUUUGUGUGGAAUAAAAUACACGUGUAAUGUUCAAAAAAAUACACGUGUAAUCGUACGAGAGAGAAGAAGAAGAAGAAAGAAGAAGAAGAAGAAGAAGAAGAAGAGUGAGCUGUGAAAAGAGUAGUGUGAAUUUAAUGUGUGAAAGUGAGUAAGAAGGAAAUAUUAUAUUGAGAUUUGGGUGAAGAGAUUUUAAUAAUAUAAGUUUAUUGUUAUAAAA